AUGUCACUAAUAGCUUCAGAGUUUGUUAACCAAGAAUCGGCAACAAUCAGACACGCAGUAUUACUCCAUAUCAUUCGAGUCGAAGAUAUAAGCACAUCAAAGUUGAACCAAAUAGAUGAAUGGAAAGAAAUUCUGGAUCCUAACAAUCGUUCUGUUGAUCGAUUAAAUAAAUCAACGAGACUAGUUCGUGAAAUCAACUUUAACGAUGAAGACGAGCAGGCAUCUUCGGUGUCGAAGACGAGGGGACUCUCCACUUACAAGCUUCUACUUCGAGAUAAAGAUAAUCAUUUUGUUUACGCGUAUGAACUUGAACCAUUGAAAUUUCUCCGUGAUGAGCAAACCAAUACGCCGGUGCCGAUUAAAUUGGGCGGAAGACUUUUGAUAAAACCAGGUACUACAAUUCUGAGAGGAGUACUUCUACUAAAUCACAAAAACUGUGAAUAUAAAGGUAUACAUUCAUCAGAUGCUCCUUUGGUAACUCUAUUAAAUGAUGGAUUAUCAAUUAGGGAAAUUGACAUCUUAUCCAGCUCUUAA